AUGGGUGCUAUACCGAAGAAAUGUGGUGAUCCCAAUCCUUGCUUAGUUUUUUGCACUAUAGAUGAUGUUGAAUUUGUCGAUUGUAUGUGUGAUCUUGGUGCUUGUGUAAGUAUUAUUCCUUUGUCUGUUUAUAAUGAAUUGGACCUUCCACCAUUGAAAAGAUCGGUAGCUCAUUUUAUUUUUGCCGACAUAAGCAUUAUAUCUGUGGCCGGUAUUGCUGAGGAUGUCUUAGUGAGCAUCAAGGGAUUGACCUUCCUGAUUGAUUUUUACAUUCUAGAGAUGCCUCCUAAUGACUCCGGGAAGCCGUCAUCCAUUCUAUUAGAGAGGCCUUUCUUGAAGACUUCUAGGUUUAAGCUUGAUGCAUUUUCGGGCACUUACUCUUUUCAAAUUGAUGGUAGAACCGUGAGCUUCAAUUUGGAUGAGACUAUGAAGCAUCUAUUGGUGGACCAUUCUAUCUUCCGGUGUGAUUUGAUUGAGGUCCACCAUGAGACUCCUCAUGAGAUGAGUAUGAGUAAAGGUCUAAGUAUGGGGAAGACUUGUGACUAUGAUGUGGAUUUCCCACCACCUCCACUAUUACAAGAAGACUCUAAUGAGGAGUUGAAAUAUUUCUCUCUCCUAUCGAAGUCUGCCUUCUUGGAGAAAGAUGAGGUAAUUGAGCCGGAAGAAGUGAACGCUAAUGUAGACUUCACCUAA